AUGUUUAUAGGUACAACAAAUCGAAAGCAUAUCGCGAAGAUACUAAAAAAGAUCCUCCAAUUCUCAAGAAGAUCUAGUUUCAAGUUUGCAUUCAAUGAUUGGGAGGAUGAAACAGCCUCAUUGCCUCUUCCAAAAGAUGUGAAGGAAGGACAUUUUGUGGUGCAUGCAAUUGAUGAUGGGAAACAAAGGAGGUUCGUCGUUGAGUUGAGCUAUUUGGCGGAUCCAAAAUUUAUAAGGUUAUUAGAGCAAGCUGAGGAAGAGUUUGGUUUCGAACAAGGAGUUCUUGCUAUCCCUUGUAGGCAUAGUGACUUGGAAAAAAUUCUUGAAAACAAGAACAAGAACAAGAAAUGA